CCAAAUUGCAUUUGGUCAUUUGUUCUUGCAUUGCGGGUUUGGUUGACGCGACGUGGAUCUGAACCGCAAGCCCUGACUGGUCCACAAGCGACGAGCGCCACACUUGCACAAGAGUUGCGCGCGUAGUUUCGUGUCUUCUCUCUGAUUGAGCUAUCAUAGGGACCUAGAUACACAUAGACUCGCGUGCAAGCGGUGGACUUCGGCACGAUGCAGACCUCCACGCAGCUCAUGCAGCUCGGCAGGCGCCAGCUGCUUAGGUCGCCGCGCGCGUUCUCGUCGCCGGUGAACCUUGGGCGUCGCGCUGGAGCGCCGGGGCCCGUGUGCAGCACGGCAGCGGGCGCCACCGUCGCCACGGCCGCGGAGCCGCAAGCCGCUGGUGCGCCGGAGAAGGCGACUGGCGAGAAGGUGGCGCAGCGCAAGCGCAUCUUGAGUGGUGUUCAGCCCACGGGCCGGCCCACGCUGGGCAAUUACCUGGGCGCGAUGAAGAACUGGGUGGCGCUGCAGGAGAGCUACGACAACUACUUUUGCGUUGUGGACCUUCACGCCAUCACCGUGCCGCACGACCCUGUGGAGCUGCGCGCCGCCACCCGCUCCAUGGCCGCCACCUACAUCGCAGCCGGCAUAGACCCGGAGCGCGCCACCAUCUUCGUGCAGAGCCACGUGCCAGCGCACGCCGAGCUGGCCUGGCUGCUGAGCUGCGUGACGCCGCUGGGCUGGCUGGGCCGCAUGAUCCAGUUCAAGGAGAAGAGCCGCAAGCAGGGCGAGGACGUGCGCACGGGCCUCAUGACGUACCCCGUACUCAUGGCCGCAGACAUCCUGCUGUACCAGGCCGACCUGGUGCCUGUGGGCGAGGACCAGAAGCAGCACCUGGAGCUCACUCGCGACAUCGCCGACAAGUUCAACAACGAGUUCGGCGGCAAGCCCUGGAAGAAGCGCGGCGGGCGCGGCGGCCGCGUGUUCAAAGUGCCCGAGGUGUUCAUUCCGCCCGCGGGCGCACGCAUCAUGUCGCUGCAGGACGGCACUGCCAAGAUGAGCAAGAGUGCGGAGAACGACAACACGCGCAUCAACCUCACGGACACGCCGGACCAGAUCGCAAACAAGAUCAAGCGCUGCAAGACGGACGCAGUGGACGGCCUGGAGUGGGGCCACCCCGACCGCCCCGAGGCAACCAACCUGCUCACCAUCUACAGCCUGUGCACCGGCAAGAGCAAGGACGAGGUGCUGGCCGAUGUGGGCGGCAUGCGCUGGGGCGGCUUCAAGCCCGUACUGACGGAGGCGGUGGUGGAGCACCUGCGGCCGCUGCAGACCAAGUACGGGCAGCUCAUGUCUGACGUGUCGUACAUUGACUCGGUGCUGGCGGCGGGCGCGGAGGCGGCGGCCGCCACCGCGGACCGCACGCUGGCGGACGCACGUGACGCCAUGGGCUUUGUGCCGCCGUUCAAGCGGAAGUAAAUCAUGUUUGGCGGCGGAAGUGGCGGCGGCGGCAGCAGCAGGAGCAGUAGCAGGAGGAGGAGGACGGUAAGAGCUAAGGGCAGGAGCGAGAGCAAUGCAUGGCCGAAGGCGUUGCGGUGGUAGAGGCAAGGUGGUGAGGGCGUAGUGGUAAAGGGCUUGUGGGGACUCGUGGACUGGUCAUGAUAGGGUCGACGCAGGUGGGCACGUUCAGAGUGAGCCGGUGAGGGUGGACUGGCGCCGGUCAUGUGUGUAACUGCCAAGUUGGAUUUCAAUGGCGGUGCCGAAGUGAACAAGCGAAGGCUGCCGUUGGCAACUUGGGUGCUGUUUAGGGCGCAGCUAGCUGAAUGCUGGGCGCAGCUGUUGAGGAAGGCGCGUUGGGAGCAGGAGUAUGCGGUGCAGGGUCUGCGGCGUGCAAAGCCGCCCUGUGAUCUUGGGUGCGAGUGUUCGAGUGAGUAGUUCUCGAGAACGCUUGAACGGUGAAUUAUGCAAAGCCGUUCUUUGCUCUUGUGAGAGUCCCCACUUGGCUGCCCGCGGAACCGUGACAGAUAGCUGUUGGGGCCGAGGCAAGGCAGCAAGCCGGCGCGAGUACCGCCGCGGUGCGAGUACCGUGGUGUGUGCAUAGGCGUGAGCGGUGUGUGCGGUGUGAGGGCGGUGUAGGGUGUGCGCCCCGUGGCCUGUUUGUGAGAUGUUUACGUGAGGAGGUGCGGUGCGGAACCGGCUGUGGUGGCUGUGUUGGAAAGCCACAAGGUGACGGGCCAACACGGUAGAAACGGAUGGCUGAGGUGACGCAUGCACGGCACAUGUGGCACACGCAGGGACUGGUCCCGGUCAACCAGUGAACAGGUGGGGCGUGGAUGUUUGCAGCGCAGGAGAGCAUCUCCCCUGAAUCCCUGAUGCAGCGUGCAAAGUGAUUGAUGUAAAAGCCAGAGCUGCUCCAGACGGCAGGCGGUGAUGUUGAUUCGGUGAAGUCGUGCCACGGCAUGCUUGAAGACGGAGGACUGGGCCAUCGGGGGCGCGCGUGUCCACACUGGGGGGAUGAGGUGAUUGAUGCAAAAGUCGGGGGAGGCGGUUAACUGGGGUACGCGGUGACGAGUCGCGGUGCGCGGGCCUCCAUGGGCCUGCCACGGCACUGCAAAAAGCCCUUGGUUCCACU